ACUCUUAAACUCUACAAAUUCCUUCAGAUGUUUAUGAUUCAUAUAAAUAUAUAUAAAAUUAUUAAAAACAAACAAACAAAUAGAAAAUUUCAUCGAGACAUGCAAACAAGCAAACAACUAUAACGAAAAUGACAAAAAUAACGAAAAUCACGUUUUUUGAAGUAGAGCGUUAUAUGGUCCUUCGAAAAUAUUAAAGAAUUUAAUAUCACGUGUAUUUUUCCAUGUGAUAUUUAUAAAUUUCUUCCGUUUCCAUUAAAUUCGUUUCAAGUCAUACUGCCCGCAGUCGUAACAUUUAAGUUCAAAAAAAAUUUUUUUCUUUUGAUUUAUAAAAACAAAAUGACUACAUACAAAAGAGGACCGUGGAACAAUUUUGAAAUUGGAAAUCUCAUUACUUCUAUGAGUAAACAUGGUCGUCAUCAAAGGAAACUAAUCGAACAAGAAGUUGGAAGAACAUUUAUCGAAUGCGUGAAAAAGUAUAAUGAAAUUUUAGGAGUCCAAAAUUACCGUCAUCGUAAUCAUAGUCGUUGUAUUCGUCAUAUGCGUAAUAUCCGACAAAAUAAUGUUGUUGCCGCUGCUGACAAUAUUUUAACAAUUCCUCCAGUAAAUAUAUCUAAUCAUAGGCAUCGAAAUCCAAUUAUGGAAUGGAGCUACAUCCUUAAUGAUGAUUCUAAUUCGUGAUCCGCAAGUUACCUACAUAAUAUUUACAAUUUCAAAUAUUUCUUUUUUUU